AUGUACGGUGGCGCCGGAAAGUUGAGCCGUGGAGGCGGAGGAGGUGGCGGGAAGCGGAACACUAAUUCCACCUCUAACGCCCCGCCCAUAAGUCGCCCCUCCGCUGCCCCCGGCGGCCGCCUUUCUUUAGGAGGAGGUGCCCAAGGCCGUGGCGCCGCCACCUCCUCGGGCUUGGGUCCGACCACCGUUUCUGUGCAGGCGGAGGAGACCUACAGCCUUGUCACGGGGAACCCUCUGAAUUUUGCGAUGAUAAUAAGAUUAGUGCCGGACCUGUUGGAGGAGAUCAAGCGCGUGGAGGCAGAGGGUGCCAACGUGCGGAUUAAAUUCGAUGCCAAUGCCAAUAAUAGCAACGGGAAUGCCAUUAAAGUGGGUGAUAAGAACUUCAAAUUCACAUGGUCGCGGGAAAUGGGAGACCUUUGUGAUAUAUACGAAGAACGUCGAAGUGAUGAAGAUGGAAACGGCUUGCUUGUAGAAUCAGGGGGCGCUUGGCGCAAGCUGAAUGUACAGCGUGUCUUGGAUGAAUCAACUAAAAAUCAUGUUAAAAUGCGGUCACAAGAAGCUGAACAAAAGCUCAAAUCGCGCAAGGCCAUUGUUUUAGACCAUCAAAACCCAAAUAUGAAGAAUCAAAUUAAGGCAUUAGCUGCUGCUGAGUCUACUCCGUGGAGAACUCUCAAGCAAAAGAAAGAGCCUCCUUUCAAAAAGCGAAAAGCUGAACCUCCUUCAGGUGGACCUGCUAAAUCUGUUUAUAAAUCUGCUGUGGCUACAACAACUCCUUUAAAGGGAAGGACCAUGGAUUCACCUCUAUCUUCUCCAUGGGAGCAAUCUGGUGCUCCAGCAUCACCAUUUGGAAGUGGCAAUCUAGUGAAGGGACAUGCAGGUAUACAAAACAGUAUACCAACUCAAGCUGCCAAUAGGACUGCCAACUCAGAGAAAGAAAUGCUUGGCAGGGUGAUGAGUAAUACAUUCCGAGAUAAACCAAGGCAAAAGGGGAACAUGGCGCCCAAAGCUGCUCAUUUGAAAAGUUUGGUAAUUUCUCUUCUCCUGGAGCAUCAUUCCAAGGGAAUGAGUCUCAAGGGCUUGGAGAAGGCUAUUGGAGAUGCAAUGCCCAACUCGGUCCGGGAAAUUGAACCCAUUUUAAAACAGGUUGCAACUUUUCAAGCUCCUGGAAGAUACUUUUUGAAACCAGGAGUAGAGAUGGAAAGCUUGAAGAAACCUUCAUCUGAAAGUGGAAGUUCUCCUGAACUGAACCAUCCAUCUUUGAUCAAUGAGAAGAGUGCCAGACUGGCUGCUUCAGAACCCAGCUUUUCAUUGAGAACUGACACCAAUGAAUUGGAAGAAAAUGCUAGAUUGAAUUCUGUGCCUGGACAUGAAUUAGACACCAUAGAGGAAAUUGAUAUCCUACAUAGUUCACCUACUGCUUUAAGUGACAAAAAAGUUUCUGAUAAUAGUGAAGGGCCUGCUGCUAGUUCUAGUGACAGUGGAAGUGGAAGUGGAAGUGGCAGUGAAAGUGAUAGUAGUGACAGUGGCAGUGAUAGUGGAAGCCGUAGCAGAAGUAAAAGUAGAAGCCCAGUGGCAAGUCGAAGUGGGAGUAGCAGUGGCAGUGAAAGUGACGCAUCUUCAAACAGCAAGCAGGCAUCUGACGAGGAUGUCGAUAUUAUGACGAGCGAUGAUGAUGAUAAUGUCAUAAAGUCCAAGCAUAGAUCCCAAGAUUCUGAGCCUGUCUCACCUAAAUCUCCAAUUCCAGAGAGACCUCAUAGUGAAUCUGUUGACAUUGUAGAUGAUCAUGUUUCUGAUGUGGUUGAGAUUGAGAAAGACUUGCCUGAAGAUGACCAUGAAGCUAAAAUGGCUGCAGCUACUAAUUCAGUUUCUAGCAAAGAUGGUGAAAAACCUGUGGAAGGGACAAAACCUUCUUCAUCCAAUCAUCGUGGGGCUAAUGAAGGCCAAGUCUACAGACAAAGAUUCUAUGGUGAAACAGAAAAUGUGGCGAGGGAUGGCUUCAAGCAAAAGCAGUCUGAUGGCACUGAAAGGAUGCCAAAAAGCAAAUAUAAAGGGCAUUCUGAUGAGAGGCCUCACAACAGUAAAAGAUCAAAAGGCAAAAACUCGAGUCAGACUGUGUCUGGGACUAUGAACGCUCUCUUUGGUGAGAGUCCUUGCAAUUCAACCCCUGGUAGGCCUCUAAAAAGCCCUAAUAAGGACCCUAAUAUUCAUAUGGCUAAUAGAACUGCUUGGGAUGGUGCUGAUGAUUCUAGCAUACAGAAAGGUUUCGAGCAAGCAAUUCCAAGUAGAUCAGUUUCUGAAUCUCAGCAAUCAGAUCGAAGAUCUUUUGAUGCUAGCGGACAGGGUAAGGUCCCUUCUGGAGAAGAUCGGUCGGGUAAACAUGCUGAGAACUUGGGUCGUGACAUCAAGGACUUUGAAAGAAACCUUCAUUCCAGCAAGGGUCUUAAGCUUCAGAAAGAUACGAGUAAAAGAAGAGCACAAGGGGAAGAUGGUUUCAUUGGUGAGAAAAGGCCAACCAAUAUUUCUGCAGGUAUUGGAGAUGAACAGUCUCUGCUGAAUGAAUCUCGUCACCGCAAAAAUGAAAUUGUGGGGAAGAUAAAGGAGCCUGGGUUCAUGGGGCAUUCUCCCAAGGAUGGCAACACUAAUUUUACUGACAGAUCUCCAUUGAUGAAUGAUCGAGGCAGAAUACUACGAAGAGAGCAUUCAGACUUGGAGUUGGGUGAAUUUCGUGAACCCAUUCCUGAUGAAACUCCUGGGUUGAAGAAGCAAUUCGAGAAGGAAAAUUCUUUUAAAAAUUCAGAAAGCAAACCUGCUAGUUCGGAGUACUGGAACUCAGAUUCAAGUAAAGGAAAACCUUCUAAUAAGAUUACUUCAGAUUCAAGGAAACUGUCUUCACACAAUCCAAACAUUGUGCCUUCUGGCUUUCCAGAUGGAUCAUUGAAGAGCAAAACACCAGAACAUUAUGCUGAUGACCUUACAAGAUCUCACCAAAGAACUGUGGAAUCUCAACCGCAGCAGCACCAAUCUAGACAUAUUGACGGUGGAACAAACAUGGGGACUAGCUUGGAAGCUCAUCAGGAUAUGUACAGCAGAGUGCCUGUAAAUGCACCUGCAGAGCAACGUUAUUUGAAACCAGUUCCCCCAUCUAUGAUAGAAGGCAAAAAGCAAAAAUCAAAUGCCAUUGCAGAUUCAAAUGAUAAAAGAAAAGAUUCUUCUUUGACAGGGAACAAUAAUGGUGGUCAGAAAAGGAGAGAAUCUUCGUCAGAUGAAACCAGUUGUUUGUAUUCCAAGUAUGAGAAGGAUAAGCCUGAGCUGAAGGGUCCAAUAAAGGAUUCUUCACAGUAUAAAGAAUAUGUGCAGGAGUUUCAAGAGAAGUAUGAGAGCUAUUUCUCCUUGAACAAAAUCUUGGAGUCAUACAGGGAUGAGUUCAAUAACCUCGGGAAUGACCUUGAGGUGUACAGAGGAAGGGACACAGAGAGAUAUCAAGACACUUUAGGACAGAUGAGAGCAUCCUUUCGUCAGUGUGGGGAGAGACAUAAACGACUGAAGAAGAUUUUUGUUGUGCUUCAUGAAGAGUUGAAGCAACUGAAGCAGAUGAUUAAAGAUUAUGCUGCUAAAGACUGA